AUGAAGACAGAUUUCAAGUUUUCCAACUUGCUUGGAACUGUCUACUGCCAGGGCAACCUGCUCUUCAGCCCAGAUGGCACCCACCUCUACUCGCCUGUCGGAAACAGGGUGACAGUCUUCAACCUUGUAGAUAACAAAUCUUAUACCCUCCCCUUCGCUCAUCGCAAGAAUAUCGCCCGCAUCGGACUUACUCCCAAGGGCAAUCUCCUGCUCUCGGUCGACGAGGAUGGCCAGGCCAUCUUGACCAAUGUGCCCCGGCGCAUCGCUCUCUACAGGAUCUCUUUCAAAUCACCAGUCACAGCCUUGUCCUUCUCGCCGUCCGGCCGCCACUUCGUUGUCGCCCUCGGACGCAAGUUGGAAGUAUGGCAUGUUCCCUCGACACCGGACUCGAAUGCUGAGGGCGAGCUCGACUUUGCCCCUUUCGUUCGCCAUCAUACACACACAGGGCACUUCGAUGACGUCCAGCACAUCGAAUGGUCGAGCGACUCGCGCUUUUUCCUCAGUGCCUCGAAGGAUCUCACGACACGGGUGUGGAGUGUUGACCCCGAGGAAGGCUUCGAACCCACAGUCUUGUCAGGCCACAGGCAAGCAGUCGUUGGCGCCUGGUUCUCCAAGGACCAAGAAACCAUAUACACCGUGAGCAAGGAUGGUGCGGUCUUUGACUGGCAGUAUGUUGGCCGACCACGGGCCGAAGACGAGAUGGUCGACGAGGAUGAGGAUGAUAUGCGGUGGAGGAUCGUCAAUCGGCACUACUUCAUGCAGAACAACACCAGUCUUCGAUGCGCGGCAUAUCAUCCCGACUCGAACCUCCUCGUUGCUGGGUUUUCCAACGGUAUCUUUGGCUUGUACGAGAUGCCCGAGUUCAACAUGAUUCACACCCUGAGCAUAUCGCAGAACGACAUCGAUUUUGUAACAAUCAACAAGAGUGGCGAGUGGUUGGCCUUUGGCGCUUCGAAACUUGGUCAGCUGUUGGUUUGGGAAUGGCAGUCAGAGUCCUACAUUCUCAAGCAGCAGGGACACUUCGACUCGAUGAACUCGCUUGUCUACUCGCCGGAUGGACAGAGAAUCAUCACUACGGCCGACGAUGGCAAGAUCAAAGUGUGGGAUAUUGAGUCGGGAUUCUGCAUUGUGACGUUUACCGAGCAUACGAGUGGCGUCACGGCGUGCGAAUUCGCCAAGAAGGGCAAUGUCCUCUUCACGGCGAGCCUGGACGGGUCGAUCAGAGCUUGGGAUCUGAUCAGAUACCGAAAUUUUAGGACGUUCACGGCCCCUACCAGGCUAUCGUUCACCUGUAUGGCUGUCGACCCAAGUGGAGAAGUGGUGGCAGCUGGGUCGCUUGACUCGUUCGAUGUUCAUAUCUGGUCCGUCCAGACUGGACAGUUGCUUGAUCGGCUGGCAGGCCACGAGGGUCCCGUCUCUGCCUUGGCCUUCGCACCCAGCGGCGACGUUCUGAUAAGUGGUAGCUGGGAUCGCACCGCGCGGUUGUGGUCUAUUUUCAACCGCACACAGACGAGUGAGCCGCUUCAGCUGCAAGCGGAUGUGCUCGACGUGGCUAUCAGGCCAGACUCCCAACAGCUCGCAGUCUCGACACUCGACGGCCAGCUUACCUUCUGGUCUGUGUCUGAAGCGGAGCAAGUCUCCGGUGUAGAUGGUCGCCGGGACGUCUCGGGAGGCCGCAAGGUGACAGAUCGUCGAACAGCGGCAAAUGUGUCAGGAAACAAGAGCUUCGGUACCAUCAGGUAUAGCGCCGAUGGCAGCUGUCUCAUUGCAGCUGGAAACAGCAAGUAUAUCUGCCUUUACUCAGUCACUACCAUGGUUCUCCUGAAGAAGUUUACCGUCAGCGUCAACCUCUCCCUCUCCGGCACCCAGGAAUUUUUGAACAGCAAGCUUCUCACAGAAGCGGGACCUGAGGCAGACAUCGACGACCAGGAUGCUUCGGACCGUGAGGGUCGGAUGGACAAGUUGCUCCCGGGUUCCAAACGUGGCGACCCAUCGGCAAGGAGACAGAUGCCCGAGGUCCGUGUCACAGGUGUUGAUUUCUCUCCUGCAGGAACGGCUUUCUGCGCAGCUUCUACCGAAGGUCUGCUUAUCUACUCUCUCGAUACAACUCUGCAGUUCGACCCCUUCGAUCUCAAUAUGGAGAUCACCCCCGCUUCCACUCUGGCCGUCCUCGAGAAUGAGAAGGACUACCUGAAGGCGCUCGUCAUGGCCUUCCGCCUGAACGAGGCAGGGCUCAUCAAGCGCGUCUUCCAAGCCGUCCCCUACACGGACAUCCCUCUCGUUGUGGAGCAGUUCCCGACGGUGUAUGUGCCCCGUCUGCUGCGCUUCGUGGCCGCGCAGACCGAAGAGUCGCCACACAUCGAGUUCUGCCUGCUGUGGAUCAAGGCCCUCGUCGACAAGCACGGCGCCUGGCUGACGGCCAACAGGGGCAAAGUCGAUGUGGAGCUGCGCAUUGUGGCGCGGGCCAUUGGCCGGAUGAGGGACGAGAUCCGGAGGCUGGCGGACGAGAACGUGUACAUGGUGGACUACCUCGUGGGCCAGUCUGCCAGCGUGGACGAGGAGGACGGCGGCGCAGUCAAGAUGCUGGAUGGCACGGGUGAGGUCAAGCUGCUGGGUAAUGGGCAAGGGAAGAAGCCGGCCCUGGCAACUGUGCUCGGCGAUGAACAGGUGUCUGAGGACGAGGAAGAAUGGGUUGGACUUGACUAG